UGCGGCGGGCGGGCGGGUAAGUCGGCCGCACCCUCGCCCCUCCCGGGCCUGCCCCCGCCGCGGCUGGCAGCGCGGAGAUAAGGAAACUGAGGAUCAGACCAGCUGAGCAACUAGCCCAAGGUAACAGCUAAGUGGCAGAGUGAACAUUUGAAGCCAGACAGGCUGACUCCGAAGUUUCUGCCCUUAACCAUCACGCUCCACGGCCAGCCUCUGAGACCAUAUACCUGGGGCUGAAGACCCCAGUUCGAUAAGCUCAGCCGGACGUCCGCAACUGGUUGGUUUUUGGAGGUGUCCCUGCUGAAGUGACAAAGAGUUCUCCCAUGUGACACCCCGAGGUGCCUUUGAGGGAAGCUCUCUGAACCUCCUUAUGGGCUGAUGGAGAAGUGGGAUCCCUACACCCUUUCUGUCCCCAGCUGAGAUUAUGGUGGAUUUGGGAUACAGCCCAGGCCUGGGCCUCCUGCUGCUGACCCAGCCCCGGAGGCGUUAGCAAGAGCCCUGCGCCGUCCACCCCCCCCAGAGACCACCCCUCCCACCAGGGGCCUGGAGCUGGGGAGUGACUAUGCGGCUUGGGCUGUGUGUGGUGGCCCUGGUUCUGAGCUGGAUGCAUCUCGCUGCUGGCAGCCGGGGGAUCAAAGGGAAGAGGCAGAGGCGGAUCAGCGCCGAGGGGAGCCAGGCCUGCGCCAAAGGCUGUGAGCUCUGUUCUGAGGUCAACGGCUGCCUCAAGUGCUCGCCCAAGCUGUUCAUCCUGCUGGAGAGGAGCGACAUCCGCCAGGUGGGCGUCUGCCUGCCAUCCUGCCCGCCCGGGUACUUCGAUGCCCGCAACCCCGACAUGAACAAGUGCAUCAAAUGCAAGAUUGAGCACUGCGAGGCCUGCUUCAGCCACAACUUCUGCACCAAGUGUAAGGAGACCUUGUACCUGCACAAGGGCCGCUGCUACCCGGCCUGUCCCGAGGGCUCUGCACCUGCCAACGGCACCAUGGAGUGCAGCAGUCCUGCGCAAUGUGAAAUGAGUGAGUGGUCUCUAUGGGGGCCAUGCUCCAAGAAGAAGAAGCUCUGUGGUUUCCGGAAGGGCUUUGAGGAGCGGACAAGGAGGGUGCUCCAUGCCCCUGGCGGGGACCACACCAUCUGCUCUGACACCAAGGAGACCCGGAGGUGCACAGUGCGGAGGACGCCCUGUCCUGAGGGGCAGAAGAAGAGGAAGGGAGGCCAGGGCCGGCGGGAGGACGCCAACAGGAACCUGAGCAGGAAGGAGAGCAAGGAGGCAGGCGCCAGCUCUCGGAGACGCAAGGGCCAGCAACCGCAGCAGCAUCAAGGCACGGUGGGGCCGGUCACCUCUGCGGGGCCCACCUAGGGACGUUGUUCAGCCUCCAGGCCCAGGCAGAAAGAGUCCAGCGCUGCUCUGUGUGAUGAAAGCUUUGCGAACUCGAGUGCUGGGGGUAACACGUACACACACUCUCCAUACAUACAUGGACACAGACACACACAGACCUCGUGUCCGAACAUGAAACCCACAGACAUGCAUACAUGUGCACAUGCAUGCACACAAUCAAGGCUGCUGGAAGACACUUCUAUCCCUCGGACAUCACUGUGUGAACAAGGCGGGGAGGUGGAUGGGUCACCUCUGCCUGGCAGAGGGCCCCGCAGCACACAUUUGGUUUGCGAUGCUCCCAGAGGACAUGUCAGAGAGAACAUUUCCCAGUGUCCAAGCCCAGCCUCUGCAGAGUGGAGCCUUCUGGAGGAGCUGAUAGGAUCAGUCCAGUGUGGCAGAGAGGAGCCAAAGCUUGGGGACUGUUUGGCAUUUCCAGCUGUGUGACUUUAUCAUUGGAGAGUGUUGUUACACAUCCGUGAUCCAUAUCAGGGCUGCCCUGACUGAAAACUGCUUAAAGGUUUAUUUCGAAUUAAAAACAAAAACCAAAUGACAAUAGUGGACACAGGCACCACAUUCCUCUUCAGGGUACAGGGAUUAGUGGGGUACCCGUGGGAGCUGGAAGGGACAGGGCUAAAUUUCAAGAGACCCCUAAUGGCCUCCUAGACAGAGGGUUGGAACAGGAAGAAAACUCGGGUUACUCAGGGUGAUGACCAGCUUCUCUACAGCCUUGUUACUCAGAGUAUGGACCAGCAUCAACGUGAUCAGUGGGCAGCUUGUUAGAAAUGAGAGUCUCAGGCCCCGUCCCAGACCUGAUGAACUGAAGCCUGCAUUUUAACAAAGUUCCAGGUGACUGGCACACACAUUGAAGUUGGAGAAACACUGCUCUAAUUACCUCUAAGGACUGAACGAAGGGUCUCAGCCAGCUUACAGCAGGAGGGAUUCUGGUCAGCUAUCAAGGCAGACUUUCCAUCUGGGAGAGGUAGAAUCAACAUACUGAAGAGCUAUAGUGACACUCCUAGGGGAAGAGAGUGCUCAGGCUCUCUCAGAUGGUGGGGGACAGUCAGACCCAAAGGCAGAACAGUGGACGGAAUGACCUCGUGUGGCAUGCUAAAGUUCCCACUGGCAGCCACCCACACACUAGGCUCUGGAUGAGGUGUUUGGUUUCCAGAGGGGAGCCAGACACGGGCCCUGCUCUCAUGGAGCUUAGAGGUUGGUGGAGGUGACAGGUGUGAAUCAACUGGUCAUUCAGAUAAAUGUAUAAUUACAAAUGAGUGGAGUUAAGGGCAGACAACCACUGACAAAUAGCUAUGAAAGAGAAUAAAAUGGAAUAAAAAUAAAAGACUAUCUCAGGGAAGCUUUUCAGAGGAGGUGAUGUUUGAGCCAAGCUCUGAAGGACAAGUAGAAGGAGGUAAGACAGAGAAGGAAUGGCAUUCUAGACCAGUGCUGUCCAAUAGAAAUAUAAUAUGAGCCACUUGCGUAAUUUAAAAUUUUCUAGUAGCCACACUUAAAGAAUAAAAAGAAACUGGUGAAGUUUUAUCUUUUAUUUAACCAAAUAUAAGCAAAAUGUUA